AUGAAUGCGGUUUCUCGAAAUCGGGAGCGGUAUAUCGCGAUACUACGGCAAAAUUUGCCUAAGCCUUCCAAAGCAUUCCUUUCCCAAGGGGUUCUGCCAGCUCACAGCUGCCGACGGCAACGUCUGUUCGACGUCCAGCACGAAUUAAACCUUCCGCAAGACUGGAUUGCAUCCGCGCGACGGGCUCUUCAAAAAGCCUGUCAAGACAUCACGUCGGCGGACACUUUGGGCAAAACGGAUUAUUUUUUAUGCGCGCUUUUGCAUCCCACGUUUAUUUCACCCCGUCAUCCACGCGCGGGGGAGCUUCGACGUCUGAUUGCGAUGCCCGCGGAGCUCACCCUCUGCGGGGCCAGCAGCCUCCAACUUCUUCACCACGCUCUCGAGCUUCACCACCGAAGCGUGGAAAGCGAUCGUUUCCAGGGCGAUGGGGAGGAGGGGCCUGGCGUGGGGACGUCGAGGCCAUUGUUUAAUCGGACGCCUUCCUUAAGAAUGAAUUCGUUGGCGAUUUCGGAUUUGGAAAGGCUGCCCGUUAUCGCCGGAUUGGAGCCUUUUUUGUUGUUUGACCCCACGGCCUUCCCCACGCGGGAGGGUCGUUUGGGCACCCCUCGGGAGGUCCUCCUCGCGACGACAAACGCGCUUUGCGGCGCCAUCGAGCUCACCGAAGGGACCUUGGCGGUGGCGUCUUUUUUAGAGCAAACUUUUAAAAGCAAAGAUGAUUCUUGA